GUAAAAGAUAGGUAGACGUUAUAUCCCCUCACACAGACACAAUGAUGCUCUCAAGGCGCAUGCUCUCGAAAGAGGACGAGGAAGCCAGCCACGGCGAAGAGACCGAAGUCCGGCGCGAAGACCAAGAGAAAAUAAAUCGUUUUAGCAGACUACACCAACGAGAGACGGCAUUAGAGGAGCAACUCAAAACAAAACAGAAAGACAAGGAAGACCUUGAAGAAAUAUCCGCCGAACUCGAUCUCGCCGACGAAGACGAACCGGUCCCCUACAAAAUCGGAGACUCUUUCAUCUCCCUGCCCCUCCCAGAAGCUCAGGCUUUACUCACAGCCUCCUCCGAACAGAUCGACGAGGAAGUUUCAAAGAUAGAAGGACAGCUGGGUGAAUUACGAGAUGAGUUGCAGCAGUUGAAAGUCGCUCUGUACGCGCGGUUUGGCAGGAGUAUUAACUUGGAGACUUAAUAAAAAGAUAAAACGUUGGCUGGAGUUGGACGUUGAGGCCUGUGAGACAAAUAUAGGCUUACAGUAUGCCGCCACGAAGGCCCGGCGUUUGCAUGCGUGGAAGGGAAUUGGCCACAUGGUAGAAAGGCAUCAGACGCAUUGCGAAGUCAAGAUUUCUAACAAUGCACAAUGUAAGGAGCGUUGCAUAAGACUGUGUAUAAUUC